AACCUGAAACAGCACAUGCUCAUCCACUCAGGAAUUAAACCAUUUCAGUAUGACCGCUGUGGGAAAAAGUUCACCAGGGCUUACUCGCUAAAGAUGCAUCGCCCAAAGCGUGAAGGUAAACGCUGUUUCCGGUGCCAGAUAUGUAGUGCCACUUUCACUUCCUUCGGGGAAUAUGAACACCACAUGAGGGUUUCCCGGCACAUUAUCCGCAAGCUUCGGAUUUACGAGUGCAGAACAUGUGGCGCCAUGUUCACCAACUCUGGAAAUUUAAUCGUGCACCUGAGGAGUCUGAACCAUGAAACGUCAGAGCUAGCAAACUACUUCCAGAGCAGUGAUUUCCUAGUACCGGACUACUUAAACCAGGAGCAAGAAGAGACCCUUGUUCAGUAUGAUCGUGGAGAACACAGUUUUGAAGACAACGCCUCUGUCCAGAUGCCUGUAAUUUCACAGGUCUCCUCGACCCAGAAUUGUGAAAGCACUUUUCCCUUGGGGUCUCUUGGUGGGCUGACAGAAAAAGAGGAGGAAAUGCCAGGGCAGCCAAAGACCAGUGCUUGUGCCGAGGCAACCAGAGAGGACCCCCCAAAAUCAGAGCUGUCUUCUGUAACUAUUGAGUAAUUUCAUGGUUUGGCUUCAUUUUUGAUUUUUGGAAAGUGCCUGUGCUUGGUCUUGUACAUUUGAAUUUAACUUUUUAAGCAAAAAAGGGU